AUGUCUAGGCCUCAGUGGCAACGUUUGGUUCGGUCGAGAUGGGCAGUUCCAUCUGUCAAGACGUCUCUGGGCGCCUCGAAUCGCCUGCCAACGGCGUGCGCCGCGUUUUCGACGUCGGCACGACGCGAACUGAUGGAAAUGACGGGCUUCACAGAAGAGCAACUCACAGUUCGAGAAGCAAUUUCGCAAAUUUGUUCUAAAUUCCCCAAUACGUACUGGCAAGAGCGUGACCAGCAGGAGAAAGACCCUAAGGAAUUCCACGCUGCUUUGGCCAAGGACGGAUGGCUGGGCAUUGCUCUUCCCGAGUCUCUCGGAGGUGCCGGUCUAGGAAUCUCUGAGGCCACAAUGAUGAUGCAGACCAUCACACAAUCUGGCGCCGGAAUGGCUGGUGCGCAGGCGAUCCACGCCAAUGUAUAUGCCACCCAGCCACUGGCAAAAUUCGGUACAAAGGAACAGCUCGAAACAACAAUCCCCAACAUCAUCAACGGCACCUGGCGAACAUGCUUUGGCGUCACAGAACCCAACACGGGACUUGAAACUCUCAAACUCAAGACUCUUGCAACAAAAACUGAAGAUGGCUACUCAGUCUCCGGCCAAAAGAUCUGGAUCACCUGCGCGCAAGUGGCUUCCAAAAUGAUUCUCCUAGCACGCACGACGCCGCUAGAGGAAGUUCAAAAGUCAAGCGAGGGAUUGUCACUUUUCUGUAUCGAUCUUGACCGCAAUCAACCGGGUUUAGACAUGCGCAAAAUCAAGAAAAUGGGUGGCCGUGCAGUUGACGCUAAUGAAGUCUUCUUCGACAACUACAAGAUCCCCGCCAAUACCUUGAUCGGCAAGGAGAACCAAGGAUUCAAGAUCAUCUUGCACGGUAUGAAUGCCGAACGUUGUUUACUUGCAGGUGAAGCCCUGGGUCUUGGCUAUGCCGCGCUCGAGAAGGCAGCUCAAUAUGCCAAAGAACGAGUGGUGUUUGGCCGGCCGAUUGGACAGAACCAAGGAGUCUCGCACCCGCUGGCGGAUGCCUAUAUGAAGCUUGAGGCAGCAAAACACGCGACGUACCAUGCAACUCGCCUUUAUGAUGCCAAUGAUGGCUCGGUCCCAUUCCACGCAAUCGGCGUGGCCUGCAAUAGCGCCAAGUAUCUCGCUGCCGAAGCCGCAUUUACUGCUUGCGAGCGCGCCGUGCUAGCUCACGGAGGCAUGGGCUAUGCUAUGGAAUAUGAUGUGGAACGCUACUUGCGUGAAUGUCUGGUUCCCCGAAUUGCCCCCGUGAGCCGUGAAAUGAUCUUGAAUUACGUUAGUGAGAAGGUUCUUGACUUGCCUCGGAGCUAUUAG